AUGGAGGACGACCGAACCCGGUCCCAGGUCCCUGACUGGGGAAAACUUCGGCCAGGACCAUUUACCGAGCGCAUCAAGAAGUCCAGACAGGACAAGGAGGUGCAGCCGUUGCGUAUACCAUUUUAUACCGGCGUGGAGGACCCUUUGACGCACCUUCACUCCUUCCAAUCGGCAGUUGGAUGCAAGGGCCUCAGCGACGAGGGGCAAUGCGUGCUGUUCCCAUCAUCCCUUACCGAAGCCGCUCUGAACUGGUUCUACCGUCUUGAGCCGGGGACGGUAGACUGA